CCCAAAAACAUGUACCGGAAGAUUUGGGUUUCCGCUACAUUGCACAACCACAACAUCAAAAUUGGCUGUCGUAAAAAUUAAUGAAAACAAAAAAUAGCUUUUUUGUCUUAAUUCAAGGUUAGGGUUACGCAUAAGGUUAGCAGUGUGGUUAAGGUUCGGUUUAAAAUGAAAUUUGAAUAAUUAUUUUAACUUUGUGACUGUGGUAACUAGUGACGACCGAUUAUUUGCUGUAAAAAUUGAAGCGUUAACAUUUUUGGAUUUCCAAUAAAAGAACCUGAGUGUGGAAGAUGAACAACAUGUUCCCUGAGGUUGCACUGAACCGCAUCUCUCCUGAGCUGCGCCCCUUGUUGUGCAGUGUUGUGCGGAAUGGUCGAGUGGGCCUUGACUCCACCAACUGCCUGCGCGUCACAGACCUUAAGACUGGAUGCACAUCUCUGACUCCAGGGCCCUGUUGUGAUCGAUUCAAGCUGCACAUCCCCUACGCUGGAGAAACCUUGAAAUGGGACGUCAUCUUCAAUGCCAGGGAUCCAGAACUACCUCCAGACUUCAUAUUUGGAGAGGACGCAGAAUUCCUGCCAGAACCCUCAGAACUCCCACACCUGCUCCAGUGGGAUGCGGGGGACCCGGAGUGCCUGCUGCAGCUGGUGAAGGAGCUGAUCCAGCAGUACCAUCAGUACCAGUGCCAGCGUCUGCGCGAGAGCUCCCGGCUGCUCUUUGAGUAUGACAGCCUACUGGAGGACCCAAACUACGGCCGCAGCAUGGAAAUCUACGCCGGCCACAAGAACAGCUGGACAGGGGAGUUCUCCGCUCGCUUCCUGCUCAAGCUCCCUGUGGACUUCAGCAACAUCCCCGUCUAUCUCCUCAAGGACACAGCGUUGGACCCCGGGGAAGACGUGGCUCUUCUCUCCGUCAGCUUUGAAGACGCAGAGGCCACCCAGGUGUUCCCUAAACUCUACCUGUCCCCCAGCAUUGAACACGCCCUUGGAGGUUCCUCUGCGCUACACAUCCCAGCAUUCCCUAGUGGAGGCUGCCUCAUCGACUAUGUACCUCAAGUGUGCCAGCUCCUCACCAACAAGGUACAGUAUGUCAUUCAAGGCUACCACAAGAGGAGAGAGUACAUUGCUGCCUUUCUCAGUCACUUUGGAAUGGGGGUGGUGGAGUAUGAUGCAGAAGGAUUCACCAAGCUCACUCUUCUCCUCAUGUGGAAAGACUUCUGUUUCCUUGUCCAUGUGGACCUCCCUCUGUACUUCCCGCGGGACCAGCCCACUCUGACUUUCCAGUCUGUGUACCACUUCACCAACAGCGGGCAGCUGUACUCGCAGGUGCAGAAGUCCUACCCGUACAGCCCCCGCUGGGACGGCAACGAGAUGGCCAAGAGAGCCAAAGCAUACUUCAAGAGCUUCAUCCCUCAGUUUCAGGAAGGGGCCUUUGCCACUGGGAAACUCUAGGACUAAAGUACAGCAGUGUGUUCGUGUGUGAGCAUGUGCGUGUUUGUGUGUGAGUGUGUGAAUGGACUGCACGAUAGUGAUAAUGUGCUUACUGUACAGGUACUCUCUAACUCCACGUUGAGCAUUUCAUGCUUUUUCCUGAACUGUCUCUUUUCCAUUUUAUUUAGUAGUUUUUCAAUUACUGAAAUGUUGUUGCUAAAAUGGUUAGGUUCAGUAGCUCAGAACCACUUGUGACAUCAACAGACUUGUGCCCAGCCAAAGUGUUACAACCUCAAACGAGACGUCACUUCUGAUCUUCAGAUUGGUUGUCAGAGAACUGGAAAAGGGCCCUUAAAGGGGAAUAACGGAACCCCUCUGACUCAUUGUUGGACUGUCUGUCAAAGUGUGCACCUCUCUCACUCAGGGACAGUGAGGUAGAGCUAGAGCGAGAGCUACAUCACAGGGUUAUGCAGCCCCCCCCCACUCACUGCAGCGCUAGAUAGAACUUUGAGGAAUAACACAAAUCUACGAAAAUAAUAAACUUUUGUUUACAGCGAGCACACUAAAUUGUCUUAAUCCUUGCCUUGAAGUCCUCCUUACUACUAUGUACAGCACCAGUCAAACGUUUGGACACACCUACUCAUUCAAG